AUGUGGCAAGAUUUGGUAGAAAAUCCCCCUCCUUGGCUUAGGUUUUUUUUACCAGAAAAGGAAGAAGAUCCCCCAAAAAUAUUGACUGUGGAAGGUACUCACUCCUCAGAGCAGAAGGAAACUACAAAGGAUCUCAAAAAGCCAGUCCUUCAAGGGGACCCUGGUAUUUACCCUUCCCUGGAAGAUUUAGAUUUUGAAACUUAUCCACCACCUUAUGCUGUGACUGCAGCUCAGACAGCUGCAGCUCCUCAGGCUCAGGUGGCAGCACUCUGCCAGCCAGAGGUGGAGCUCCCUCCACAGCCUCAGCAGUUGCCUCACUCUACUGUAGGGCCCUCAGCACCUCCAGUGUUGGCACAAAGACCUGCUGCAGGACUUAGAUCCAGGAGAGUCCAGGGGGAAGAAGAGCCCUCAUCCUCUGACCCCACUUGGGAUGAUUGCCAGCAGCUUCUCAAAACCUUAUUCACUACUGAGGAGUGGGAGCAAAUCCUCACUGAAGCAUGGAAGAAUGUACCUGGAGACGACGGUCAUCCAACCACCUUACCAAACCUGAUUGAUGAGCGGUUUCCACUUACCAGGCCUAACUGGGACUUCAGGAAUGCUGAAGGCCCCUUGGCUGAGGAAAAUCAAUCUGCUCUUAUUACGUCUUUUAUUAACCAGGCAGCACCAGAUAUUAGGAAAACGUUGUAUGAACAGGAAGACCUAGGAGACAUGACUAUUAGAGACCUUAUUGGAAGGGAAGCUUACCAAUGGACGACAGAGUGUAAAGUGGAUUUGGGUCGACAUCAGGUAACCCACUCCUUGGUAAUUCCGGAAUGCCCAACCCCCCUGCUGGGGCAUGACUUAUUGGCUAAAGUGCAUGCACAAAUCCACUUCAGUCCCGGGGGCCUUAGAGUCACUGAUAACUUGGGACACCCCCUUCAUGUCCUGACUUUGGCUCUGGCAGAUGAAUAUCGCCUUUAUGCCAGACAGGAAUUGAAUUCUUGGGUCCAGAAGUUUCCCCAAGCGUGGGCAGAAGUGGCAGGAGUGGGUUUCACAGCCCAUCAGGCCCCUAUAAUAAUUGAACUCAAAUCCUCAGCCCAACCUGUCCAAGUACGCCAAUACGCCCUGUCAGCCGAAGCAAGGCAAGGUAUUGCCCCCCACAUAAAUCCCCUGCUUCAGGCUGGCAUUCUCAUACCUUGUCAUUCUAGUUGGAACACUCCAUUGCUCCCAGUAAGGAAACCGGGAGGAGAUGAUUUUAGGCCUGUUCAGGACUUAUGAGAGGUUAACAAAAGGACUCAAGAUAUCCACCCCACAGUUCCUAACCUAUACACCCUCUUGAGCCAUUUACCCCCUUUUCGUUUUUGGUAUACAACAUUAGAUUUAAAAGAUGCAUUCUUCAUUAUAGCCUUGGCACCUGUUAGCCAGCCAAUUUUUGCCUUUGAAUGGCAAGAAGAGGGGCCCUCAGACACCCAUAAACAGCUCACAUGGACAAGAUUCCCACAGGGGUCCAAGAACUCCCCAACUCUGUUUAAUGAAGCCUUGAAUCAGGACUUGUUUUCUUUCCGACAAAGCCAUGGCUCUGUGACUCUCUUACAGUAUGUUGAUGACCUUCUCUUAGCCACAUCUUCUGAAGCAGAGUGUAGAAGAGCUACAGAGGACCUUUUGCAGGAAUUGGGCUCACUGGGCUAUCGUGCCAGUGCCCAAAAGGCCCACAUUUGUAAACAAACUGUUACUUACUUGGAGUAUAAUCUCCAUAAGGGAACAAGAUGGCUGACAAAGGCCAUGAAAGAGACUAUAUUGAGACUGCUGGUCUCUACAACAACCAGAGAAGUUCGAGAGUUCUUGGGGGCUACUGUCGGCUCUGGAUACAGGGUUUUGCAGAAUUAG